CACCGGUCUGGAGAUAUGUGGUGUUCACGGUUGUAAUUGCGUUUUAGAGUAAAAACGGUCGUCCUCACAAGAGUAUUUAUACCGAUUACAGUGCGUUAGUCCAACUGGAAGCUGGAAUAAUUGGUAGCUAUAGAUGAUUAUUAUGGAAAAUAAAACUGACAUACAGUAUUCAGCGUAUUUCUCUAUGCAAUGUAUGUUGUCUUCAUAGAAGUGACCUAAAGUUUCUAUGCCGCUAAAACGCACAAGGAGAACACGUGUAUUUGCCCGGAAAACGGAUGGAGUUAGCUACUAAAGUGCGUGUUGUGUCCUGCCCUUCCUAGUACUAUGCUCAAAUUCAUAGCGCGGAACAGCAUCUUCUUUCACUCUUGUUGAUACUUGCUGCGACCACUCGAACAUUGGACGAUAUUACUUUAUUGAAUGCACAGGAAUGAAUCGUUAUUCCUACUAGCUGGAUUGAAAUAUCUAGUCUUCUAUAUGUAGGCUAUAGGAAAGUUGGACUUGUAAUUAUGAUGGGAUAUUUCUAAAUAUUGUACAUGCGGCUCACUAGCCUUUUAUUACAGCUGGCGUACCUGGCGCAUGCAGUGAAGUGGACAUGAUGUCUGAUUUAGGUUUCACAUACGCGGCGCUCGCAAUGUUUAUGCUGACCUUCGCCGUUGCCGUUGAAGGGAUCCCCUACGCUGAUGUGAACGUGAAUGAGACUGCUCAACCAGGUUCCAGUGGCCCUGGUCAUUGGGACCGUCGGCUGGAGCUGUCCACGGUGUGGAACUGCACCCCAGGCUUGCCCUGCAGCACAUUUGUUCGCACCCAGGUUCAAGUGCCUGCCAAAGUGAAAAAAGUAAACAUUGAAUGCUUUGACCUCGCCGAAAGCACAUUUAAACAAAAGUCAUGGAAAUGUUCUGCAAAGAAGAGGCUGAGGCAACUAUGCAACAUCACCUAUGACUGUAUUGAGACCCGCCCAGGACAGAAAGUGUUAGUGACUGUGACAACAUACUACAAAAACUCCACAAAGCGACCAUUCCAACGCUGGUAUGAGGUGGAAGGCCUGGAAGGCCACAGUCUGACACUGGUUCGUGCAGAUAUGUUUGUUCCUACUGCCUCCACAGCUGUAUCCAAUGCUCAAGGUUUCAAAAGAAUGCGGAGAUUCAGCGUAUCUGUGGAUGGGCCAUCUCGAUUCAUCAAUGUCUCCAUACCACCAGGGCCCAGCAUAAAAACGAGACUGUGCUACAAACAACCUUCUGAAUGCACAGAGCUCGAGCCUCCUGUGUUUCACCUAAUUGAUACUUCAUAUUCUCUGACUGCCAAUCUCAGUUUCCCCUACCUGCUGCCCUGUCUCUGUGUGGAGGUGUAUCCCACUGAAACUGAUGCAGUACGAACAAAGCAUUGCCCCUUUGAGAACAAGCCACUGGCUGGUGGUAGAGACGUAUGGAUCUCCAGCUCUCAUGAAAUGUAUGACCAGACAUUGGUCUGGAAGCCGGUGUGCAGGUCUGCCUCCUUGAUGCCUUCUGCCUCCCUCUGCUGGCAAGUCCAGGAAAAUCCACUCCUCUGUCUCCCUGUCCCCAACUCCUCAUUACAGGUGGAAGACUGGAGGUAUAAUGUUUCCACUGUUGACCAACACCCUAAGAUGUGUGUGCAGUUCUCACUCAAUGGCACCUAUGAUGUUCGCUGCCCCUUCCGGCUAGGUCACCUGGAAUGGCAGGCAGUGAUUCUCCCAGCUGCCUGGCACUUCCGUGUGCGUCUCACUUCCAGUAUCCCAGCAUCCUUUUCUGCACAGCUCUGUAUCCUGGAGGGGGAACGGUGUGUUGCCAUAGGGGCUGUCCACUCUGUGAAAACUGAGAAUACCACAGAGACCGAGUUAAGGCUCCCUUUCACCACCCUGUCUACAGGACUCUGUGUUCAGGUGUGGAGAUCUGCACCCUUUCUCAUUGGCAGGAGACUGAUAUGCCCUCAGUCCUCACAUGGAAGAUUGGGUCUCAUUGCCAUGGCAUCAGUGGUUCUUGUUGUGUUCAUGAUGACUCUGGCAUGCCUGACUUACUGUGGUGUCAGAAGGGGGCUCUCAGAUUGGCAGCUGGGACAAAAGCCAGUCCUGCUGGUGUGCUCUUCAGAGCAGAUGCCACAGGUGUCUGCUGUGUGUGCUCUGGCCUCCCUCCUGCAGGGGGAGCUGUGCGCAGGGGUGCGGAUGGCACUCUGGGCCCAGAACACAGGUGGUGUGACCAAGCUGGGGCCUCUGCCCUGGCUCUAUGGGCAAUGUGAGGCUGUCAGAGGAGCAGGAGGCAGGGUCCUGAUCGCCUGGAGCCCGGAGGCAAGGGAGGCCUAUUGGCACUGGAAGAAAGAUGGAGCAAGAGAACAAUCGGAGGCAGAGAAAAAGUAUAGAAAAGAGAGUCAGAAAGACAUGAGGAAUAAUGAUUUGGUGGAGGAGGAAACAGCAAAAGUGCUCAGAGGGAAAAAGAGUGGACAUGCCAAAUCAGAUGGACAGAGGGAGCCCAGCCCAACAACUGUGCCCAUCCUGAGGGCAGCCCUGGCCUGCCUGGAGUGUGAGCUGCAGGGGGGUAGGCAGGGACAUGGCUUUGCACUUGUGUAUUUUGAAGGUCUGUCUCACAGCCAUGAUAUCCCGCUGGAGCUCAGGGGGGUCCCACGAUACUGUUUGCCCCAGGAUUUUGGAGGACUUGUGAGGGAGCUGCAUGGGGGUACAGUUGGAGGUGAGAAGGAAAAAGGGUGCGCGUGCUGGACUGGCUUGCUCUCCAAAAUCCUGGCCCUCCGAUUAGCACAAAGACUAAGGAUGUGGCUGCCGCAGAUGAGGCCACUGGAAGAGGAAGUGAUGGGGAUAACGGUUACGUUACCAUGGGAACCAGAGAGGGAAGAAAGGUCGUUCAGGCUGGCCAGGCUACCAUUAUCAUGGCUCUUUAGAGAAAGGACAGCACAAACUGCCUGGUGGGAGAAGCAAAGUCUUACAAUGUCAACACAGAAAGGAAGAACUUGAAUUUCAUCUGGGCAUUGCAGACAGAAUUAUACACCCGUGGCAAUAUGAGGUGGGGCAAUGCACUCAUGACCUCUGUGCUGCACUGUAAAAAAGGUAUUCUAUGGAAGCCAUGAAGUUCAGCUCAGUGUUGAGCUAAUGUGUAUGCAUGCUUUAUCUCCUUUACCCUAAUACUGGGAGGGGGGGGGAAUCAGCAGAACACACUGCCUGGUAACAAUGGUACCUUGUGGCAUAUAUUGAUUUGUAUGCUUUUCAGAAAAAAAAGAAUCCAUCCAUUCAUCAACCUAAAAAUGAAAGCAGUGAUUUGCCUUGCAUUUACAUAUUAUAGCCUGGAGCCAUUUAUCUAGAGCACAAUACCUGCAUGUAUGGAAAUCCAGUAAAGAACUAAAAAUGUAUGUAAAAGUAUAUUAUGUAUUAUAAAUGAAGUGAAUUGAGACAUUUAAGAGAUCCCUUUGGAUAGCUAGCUUGUAUGUUACAUCUUUCCUAGACUCUGAUUGGUUGGUAUCAUAUCUGUGUGUGCCCACUGCAGAGUGGUGCCUAAUUUCCAUACGAUCUGGCAGGCAGGGAAGGACCUAAAACAGUGGAACACCUGUCACCCACUCUGGCCAACCAGGUUCCCACUAUUUGCAUGUGUAAGCUACACGUAAAUGUCUGUGUGAGCAGUACUGGUGGACUACAGAGUGAGAAGGAGAGAAUUGCUUGACAUCAUAUGUUUAGGAGGAGAGUGCAUCUUACAGGUUGUAGUGAAGAGCACGAAUACCUGCAAACUGGACAUUGCAAAUGCAGAAAAUAUAUGGAAAUAAAACUAUUGCGUGUGCAGGGGGCCAAAAUAAAUUUUAGGCUCUUCUAUCAUAAUAUGUCUGGAAUGCUGUUCAUACUAUAGUUGUUAAACUAGAAAUACGAUCAUUUGUUUUCUUGUAUUUUUCUGUUUGGGAUCCUACCAGGCGAGAAAGUUAUGCAAUGAGAUUCAUUUUAAAGAAGUGUUCCUUUGUUUCCUGGUAGUAGUUGACGUCUUGCAUUCCUGACAUAUUAAUCAAAGUGUGUCAGACCAAACAAGAUGUCUGUCCCAGGCGCAGUGCAGAGCUUGGGAACACUCAUGUAGUAGGUAAGCAUGGUGUAGUGGUGUGAUAUGACAAAACUGAACAAUUUAGAUUCCAAUAGACAAAAUCUGCCUGCCAACAGAGGAACAAAAUUAGCAUUAGUCUGCUAGUUGAUGAUGACCUGAAGGUUAAAAGGGUGCUUGGUGGGACUAUAUAUUCAAUACUAAAGAAAUUAUUAGUUACACAGGCCUAAAUUAUUGUUCUUACAGAUCUGCACGAGGGCUCGCAUAAUCACACUAUGCACACUCAUACUGGGGAAUGUGCUGGGAGUACAAACACCAAUGGGACUUCCCUCUAUAACAAAUAAUAAAAAAUUAAAAAAAACAGUUGAUGGCAAACUUUGGACUCAUUCUCAUGGCAACAUCCAGUUAAUAUUUAAUUACAACAAGACAACUUUGUGUAGCAUACUGUAGCAGAUCCUCAGCUCUAUAUUCCAACUGGACUGUAAACACCCCACAUUAAUUCAGUGAAGUGUAUUCUUCCUCUAAUGAUACAGUACUCCACUGUUCAUCUCAUUCAGUUUCUAUUCUAUUGCUGAUAUAAUAUCCUUCAAAUAUCCUUCCAAACAGUUUUUCUUAUGAAUCAUUGUGUCUGUCUUAUCCUAAUAAUAAUAAUAAUAAUAAUUUCCUCAUCAAUCAUCCAUCAUCCCGUCUUGCUGUAACCUACAGGUAGACCAGACACCAUUUCAUCAUUGGUCUCUCAACAAGAUGGUAAUUUUCUUUCUUUUCACUCAAAAUGCAGUGGGUUGUCUGUCAAAAUCAGGACUGCAGUCUCUUAUGCCAUAUAUUUAUAUCUUAUAGUUCUGACGACAUGACCCAACAGGAUGUCUUUCAUGUUUUCAAAAUAAACAUAAAUAUUUUAGCUAUA